UGCAGCUGCGCUUCUGCCAAUGCGCACUUGGGGAGGACGGGAGGACGGAGUCGUGAACGCUCCGUGAAUGUCACUGAUGUGUUCCCUCGACGCGGUAUGAGUGUGCGUCGUUCAGAGACAUGGAUGCAGCGGAGGACGGUCAUGUCCAAAUGUCCCCUCGUCUGUGUUCGACACUGAGAAGAACAGUGACCUCGACUGGAGGUUGUGACGAAGACACUCCCCUGCAGUGAGUCUGAGCGGCCAGUGUGUCAGCCAGCUGCAGCUUGAUUUCACUCUCAGCGAGUCUCCCUAUGGGUGAAAUGCUUUUUCUGACGUGAUCAGCCCCAGAUUCUUCACCCCCACCCCACCCUGACCCUUUCCUACAUCCAAGAGUCAUCAUGGGGGAGGUAGUCCAAAUGCACUUCACCACAGUGGACUAUGUCAUCUUUGUUUUGCUGUUGGUGGCCUCAGCUGGCAUCGGCCUCUUUUAUGCCUUCUCUGGCGGGCGCCAGCGAACAACACAGGAGUUCCUGAUGGCCGACCGCUCCAUGAGCUGCUUGCCUGUGUCCCUGUCCCUGCUGGCCACUUUCCAGUCUGCUGUGGCCAUACUAGGUGCUCCAUCCGAGGUGUACACCUUUGGGACCCAGUACUGGUUCUUGGGUUGCUCAUACUUCUUGGGCCUGCUCAUCCCAGCUCAUGUUUUCAUACCAGUCUUCUACAGACUGCGGCUGUCCAGUGCCUAUGAGUAUCUGGAGCUGCGCUUUAACAAGACGGUUCGCAUCUGUGGGACUGUGACCUUCAUCUUUCAGAUGAUCAUUUACAUGGGGGUGGUCCUGUAUGCGCCAGCCUUGGCACUUAAUGCAGUGACGGGGUUUGACCUAUGGGGGGCAGUGCUAGCCAUGGGGUUGGUGUGCACUCUAUAUACAGCCCUGGGGGGUCUGAAGGCAGUGAUCUGGACCGACGUCUUUCAGACGGUGGUGAUGUUUGCAGGCCAGCUGGCAGUCAUCGUGGUGGGGGCCAGUCAGGCAGGGGGAAUGGCAGAGGUGUGGAGGAAGGCAAUAAAUGGCAGUCGCAUUGCUGGACUAGACCUAAACCCAAACCCUCUGGAGCGCCACACCUUCUGGACACUAGGUGUGGGGGGAGUCUUCCUGAUGUUGGCUCUUUACGGGGUGAACCAGGCUCAGGUCCAGAGAUACCUCAGUUCUCGCACUGAGAAAGAGGCCAUCAUGUCCUGCUACGUAGUUUUCCCGUGCCAGCAGAUUGUCUUGUCUUUAGGUUGUCUGAUGGGUCUGGUCAUGUUUGCUCGCUAUGGAGAGGACAGCCCUCUGGACAAAGGCUACGUCAAAACUAACGACCAAAUGGUGCUGUAUUUCGUGAUGGACGUGUUCAAGGAUCUGCCUGGGCUUGCAGGGCUGUUCGUGGCCUGUCUUUUCAGUGGAGCUCUCAGCACCAUCUCAUCAGCCUUUAACUCCCUAGCGACAGUAACCAUGGAGGACCUGAUUAAACCUCAUUUUCCAAACAUGACUGAAUCUAAAGCCACCAUGCUAUCCAAGGGACUCGCUUUGGCCUAUGGCCUGGUGUGUCUGGCUAUGGCCUACAUCGCCUCUCUAAUGGGAUCUGUGCUGCAGGCAGCCUUCAGCAUCUUUGGGAUGGUGGGUGGUCCUCUGCUGGGCCUCUUCUGUCUGGGGAUGUUCUUUCCCUGGGCAAACCCUAUAGGUGCAGUGGUUGGGUUAGCAGCGGGCCUCGCCAUGGCCUUCUGGAUCGGCAUUGGCAGUUUUGUGAUGCGUAUGUCUAAUACCGCCACUGUGCCACCACUCAACACCACCGCUCUCCCUCUGUUUGACAACAUGACCACCACUGUCAUGACGACGCUUCUCAGCACCACCACAGCCAAGCCAAGGCCGACAGGUGUGGAGGCACUAUACUCGUUGUCCUACAUGUGGUACAGUGCUCACAACUCAACCACUGUGGUGGUGGUGGGACUGAUAGUCAGCCUGCUAACAGGACCUAUGAAGGAGAAGGAGCUGACCCCUGGCACAGUGUUUCCAGUCCUGGGCACACUGCUAUUCUUUCUGCCUGAGCGCUACAGAGAGAAGCUCUGCUGUGUCACUCCUCUGGCUCAGAAGCCCAAGGAAAUCAGCACUCAGCCUUAUCAGAUGGCCAAGAAAGACAGCAAUGGAGCAGCCUACUGCAAAGAGGACACAGUCACAGAAGACAAAGAGACAGAGAGCGACAGAGCACAAACGGAGGACGAAGACUUAGAAACGAGCAUCGUUCUGCCUUCGUGCAAACUGACCAAUCACACGGUUCAGGAGACAGCCUUGUGAUCCUUUUACCUCCAACUUAUAACACGCACAAGACGCACACAUAUGCACUUACACCCCCAGCCACUGUACUAUGCAGUUCCUUGGGGGGGUGAGUGCAUUGAAAGACAGAUCAUAGAUAUGAAGUAGUCAUGAAGAAAUCACUAAGUUGACCAUUCUAAAGCUCUGCGGCACCAGGUUUGAGUGUUUGUGUUUUACAAUGACAUAAUCAGUUUAAUCUGAUUAUAGAAAAGGCUUCAGCACUUCAUUACAUGUGUGGGGAAGUGUUUUAUUACUUAAAAAAAUCCAUAACAUCUGGAACUUUUGCCAGGCUGGAACUGAAUACAGUCCAAAUGACAGCAAUCAAAGAAAAAAAUCCGUCAGCUUAAUUAGCAACACUGACAGACAUUGCCUCUGUCCAGAUGUGUGCAGUGUGUAAGUUAAGAGUGGUUAGCUCUCAUGCACAAUGAGCUAUACCACCACAACUAGAUGAGAAAAGAAUCAGGUAGUCAAUAGAGACAGGAUGUAAAAUAUGUUAUUU